AGCAGUGGCAGCGGCGGCAAGCUGAACCAAGGAAGGAGCCAAAGCGCUCCCCCGUCUCUCUCUCUCUCUCUCUCUGGGCCCCUGGCUGCCUCUCGGCUUCAGUCAGCUGAGAGCAGUGAUAGUGACAAGAGGCAGCGACGCUACAUACCGGCUUCCGUAAUUCUUUCUUCCGAAACUUACGCCAAACAGCCUUUAUUAUGUUACGCAGCUGCAGUGACAAUAUUUUAUCCCUGAUGGAUCUCUGAAGGCUCCCUCAGAAAGAAAAGUGUUCUGAAGACAAUCCAGUACUUGGAAGAUGUAUUUGAUACAAAUAAUGUUUUUCUCUUUUCAUAAGGUCCCUGCAGCACCAACUGUAACUGAUAUCAGUGUCUAAACUUAUGACCACUUUCAAUAUCAUGAUUUACAGAAUCAGGUGGAACUGACAAAUUUACUGUAAUCACUUAUUACAGGUUACAUGAGUGGUGGUGAUGGCAGUGUGGAGGCGAUGGUGGUGGUUAAGUUGGACUUUAGCCCUAUUGGGGUCAGCAAUUGCUGUCGUCCCCGAAAGUGAUGGCUUGGGAGAAGGAUCUCACACUCAGCAUGACUCUGCUGGAGUGUGGAGGUUUGACACUGGGAUUUCUUGUCCCAGUGACUGUGAAUGUGUCCAUCCUCACCAUGUAAAGUGUCAAGCCAAGCAAGAUGACAUCCAUCCACCUCAUCCACCUCGAGACACGACCACCCUAAUUCUUGAGGGAUAUCAAAACAUCCCUUUCCAUUUAUUGGCUAACCUAAACAAACUUCGUUACCUUCGAAUUAAAAACAGUUUGCUCCAAGAUCUGAGCGAGCUGCCUCGAUUACCACUCCUGGAGCAACUUGAAGUUACACACAGCCACCUGAGUACACUUUCAGGUCAAAAACUUCAUACGAACAUUCCUAUUCUGACUCACCUAGAUGUGUCCUACAAUCUCAUAACUGUGCUCAAUAAUACAAGUCUCAAGGGACUCAAUCACUUACAAGUAUUAGAUUUAAGAAACAAUCCACUUAGCAACGUCCAUGCAGACACCUUCCAAGGGCUUGAUUCUCUGACCAUUUUGGAUAUGUCAUCGUCAAAGCUGUCGAAACUAAACCACCGCUGGUUGGUGGAUGCUGCUCGACUACAGCGGCUUUUAGUAAGCAAUGCGAGCCUCGAUGAGCUACCACUCCUCAAAGGAGAAAACUUAGUAUUAUUUGAUGCCUCUCAUAAUAACAUUCUAAAUUUACCAGACCAACUUCUGUCUGGUGUUCCAAAAAUUGAAGAAUUGUUUCUUCACCACAAUCCUCUCCAACACGUUUGUGAUCAAUCCUUAACAGGAGCGAGACAAUUACAUUGUUUAGAUCUAAGUUACACAAAUAUCGUUAACCUGGAUGAAUAUGUUUUUGCUAAAUUACCCUCAUUAAAAGAACUAAACCUCAGCUAUAAUGAAAAUCUUGUGCGGGUAGAACAUGGAGCCUUCACUGGUCUCCAUAAAAUGGUAAGGCUUAACUUGGCCUAUACACCUAAAUUACAUGAAAUUGAGGAAGUGGCAUUUGAUGGACUUCCUGAACUUGUUUCUUUAGACCUUCGAAACUCGGGUCUAACGGUGCUACCACUAUCGCUAAGUAAGUUAGCUAACAUAACUUCAAUAUUACUGUCUGGAACAGCACUUCACUGUGAUUGUUAUAAUUACUGGCUUCCGAAAUUGCUCACACAAUCAGACAUAUCACUGUGGGAUGGUUUGAACCCCUUGGAAUGUACUGAUGGUCAGUUCCGAAAUGUCACCCAGUUAACUGAGCAUAUCGAUACUUUGGAAUGUGAAGCACCGGAGGCCAUCACCUCCUCUUAUGAAUGGAUUCAUGCUAGGGGAGGGCAGAGUGCCUUACUGGAGUGCAAUGUGACAGCUAACCCACCCCAAUCUGUAAUCUGGCUCACUGCCAAACAAGAAGUCUUCCGAUACAACAACACUUACAAUGAGAAAUGGACGAGCUAUCAUGUACGACAAGUAGAGGAAUUGGCAACUUUCAAUACAAGAUUUGAAGUACUCGCCUCAGGACAGCUACUCAUCAGAGAAGUAAGACGUUCUGAUGUAGGUCGUUACAAGUGUUUUGCCUUUAACAGUGUGGGCAAUACAUCUAUUGUGACAUUCAUGGGACUAGAAGAUACACCACUUCGCAACCUGUACAUCGAGAGCAUACUGUUUGGCUUUGCCUGCGCUGCUCUGUUUCUGCUAAUCACUCUAUUAAUUCAAUUUAUCAACUACCUCAUGGACAGGUUAGGCUUGCAGUGUUGCUGCUGCAGAGACCGGCUUUCUCCUAAAGCCCGGCAAAUCAGAAAGUUACUGGAAAGUGUUGAAUCUUACAAAACUCAGCAACUUGAUAGACUGCGUGAGAACUACAAUGCCCAGGUGGCAACUAUAAAAGACAGCUGCUAUCUACAGAUGGAACGUAUACGUGAAAGCUAUAGUGGUCAAGCUAAACAUCUAAAAGAUUUUAGGGAUUACAGCACUCAGGGGCUCACCUCUGUACGAGACCAAUAUCUUGAUCAGGUUAACAAAGUACGUGAUUACUCUGUGUCACAGAUGAACAGAGUCAGAGAAAAUUAUGUUUUCCAGCGUCACAGGAUACGAAAGUUCAGUGCCCAACAGUUACUAAAACUGAGAGAGACCUACAAAUACCAGCAGAAGACACUGAAUAAGAUUCUCGAAAAUCUUCCUGAUCUCUAUCUUCAGAACUGCCGAACAGGAGGUUGUCAAAGGAGUGACUCCAUCCUAUUUGAUGAUGCAUUACAUGGUAUAGAUGCAUAUUACAAAGUAGACUUCUUUGACACCCAAAGCCAUGCAUCCGACUAUUACACUCCAGCAAGCACACUGACCCGUUCCUUCCGUGCUUCUAGAGCUAAUGAUCCAACAAAACAUCAUUCAAGAACUUCGUCUAACACAUCUAGUGACUUUAUGGAGGCUCAGACAUGGAUACAGAGAGAAUCUGGGAGCAUGGGAGGCAACAGCCCUGCACAUCCCAAUCCACCACACGUAAGGGGGCACAAUCGCAGCAUGAGUAUGGCCAACCCUGCUUCCUAUGUUCAAGAGCCAGUGAGAGUGCAUAAGCGGAGCUUGAGUGCUACUCACCCUACUCGCAGGAUGGUGCCGGCACCAGAAUUGCGUGGAGUGCCUGCCCGAAUUACCUUGUGCGAAGAGGUCAGUGAUUAUGACCUAACAACCCCUCCUACCUCCCCAAAUUCUCUUCCUGGAACACCUGUCGCCCAACCCUCAGUGACAAAUCCUAUUAAAACGCAUAAGCAGCAGCAGCAAUUGUAUGUCGACAGUCAGAAUGAGGUGGAAAUAAAUAUUGUUAAGGCUGACGAUGAGAAAAGUGCUCAUGUCCGACCUUCAACAUUAUGUAAAAGCAUUAGUGAUAUUGUAGUAGAAAAAGAAGCUAAUGUUAGUGAUAAGUCUCACAGUGAAGAUGAAACUUUGCUAUCAACAGUUCCAGAAGACUCGAGUAGUGGUUCAACUUCCUAUGAAACUUCCCUUUAAGAAAAUGGGAUUUGAUUACCUACUUCAUAAUAAAUAAUGGUGCGCUUAUUUGAAGUAUUUAUCUAUUUUUCAACAAAUCCCUUGAAAGUAUUAUUUAUGGAAAAUGGUCAGAUAGCGAUAGCAUUUUUGUCUAAAUACAAUACAAUACGUGUAAUGAUGGAAUUAAUGUUUAAGUGAAUAUAAUUUAUGCAACUCAUUGGUCAAUAGAAAUUAAAUCUUGAAAGUAUUGCAUAAGAGAUGUAAAGUGAUUUAAUUCGUGUGCUAAUCUGGAUUAAAAUGGAACAUUAAGUUUCUGCAGGAUUUGGAUACUGGUAACCACUUGUGCCAACAUUUAACUGUGAUUACAAGACCUGCAUUGGCUGACAUGGAGUUGUCCAAAGAGAAGCAAAGUUAAGGAAAAGAACCAAAACUUCCCUCCCAUGCAGACGUCUAAUUUGCCUUUAUAAAGAAAAAAAAGUAUCAUAAUCUCAUCUUAAAUAUCAUCAUUCAUAUAUUUUCAGGUUAGUGCCAUAUGCAAGAGUACCAUUUUUGACCAUCACACAUGAUAUUUUUAAGGUUGUUUUGCGAAGUUAAAUAUAUAAAUGAAAUUC